UUCACUCUUCAAAUAUUACAAGAACCAUGCUGAUGUUAUUAUUAAUAUUAUCAACAACAUUUGUUACAAAUUCUUUAGCACAAAUUCAACUUUUUGAGUAUCCAUAUUUGCAACCAUUGACAACCUUCCAAACAUCAAAGUUCUUAGGUACUUGGUAUCAAAUUUCACGAACACCAAAUCAAUAUGAAAUUGAUCAAAAAUGUUCAAUCAUUGGAUAUGCUUUACAUGAUUAUUCACCAUUGACUGCGUAUAUUGCUUCAACUGAUAUAAAAACUGGGGAACUUAGUAGAUUGCCAGCUUCAGAUACUGCAAGAGAAUUAUAUUUAGCACAAUGGGAUUUCCGGUAUCCAGCAAAUCUUGAAGCUAGUAAUGGUGUCACAUCAAUAUUGGAUACUGAUUAUGUUAAUUGGGCCGUUAAAACAUUGGUUCAACCAUCUCAAAAUAGACCUGGGUACGAAUUAAUUGUAUGGAUUUUAUCAAGAGAAAAAACACUUUCAAAAAUAUUUUAUGAACGUGCUUUGAAUGUUUUACGUAAAAAUAAUAUCCCAAUUGAUUCAUUGGCUUUAGUAGAUCAAAAUUAUUGCUAUAUAUCAUGAGUUUAUUAUGCAAGUAUUUAUUACAUAAUUUAAUAUAAUUUUUUUUUUUUUUUUGUAGAAAAUAAUAGAAUAUAU